AUGGAGUUAUCUGAGCUAACAACUUCUUGGCCAACUCACUCUUAUUUUCGUUCAAAUCUCGACCCAUAUGAUCCAAAAAUGAUGAACGGUUACGACAGUAACUGUUAUGACUCUUCAAUUAUCACCAUGACCACCCCGGAAAACUCAUCGAUUUCAUCCGUUAACUUCUCCAUGGUAUGUGAUGAUUCUAGUUAUGGUCAUGAAGAUAUACAUAACCCUCCAUUGGUUAACAUGGAAGGAAUUGAUGAUGUAUGCAAAUGGUUAUACGAUGAUAGAAAUGGUCAUGGGACAGAUGAGGCUUCCGUUUGUGUGGUAGAGGAUGAUGCCAUGGAAAAUGAUUCUCAAACAGGAAUCAAGAAUCUACUCAUGGCUUAUGCGGAUGCCAAGGGGAUGGAGCAUGAAGAAUUAGCUAAAGUGAUUGCUAAAUGCUUAAGUGAAAAGGCAAAUCCGAUUGGUUCACCUCUAGAACGUGUAACAUUUAACUUGUUCCAACAAGAAGAACAUGAAGAAGAAGCAUAUCUUAAACAAGAAUCUGUGAGAAACUUCAAUCAGGCAUUUAGAGCUUUCUAUGAUAUCUUUCCUUAUGGGAAGUUUGCUCAUUUAAUGGCGGGUUCAGCCAUCAUUGAAGCAGUACCAACCCAUGUGGUAUCGAUUGUCAUAAUUGACUUUGACUUAUGUGAAGGAAGUCAAUGGCCUCCGGUCAUAGAAGCCAUGGCCCGGAUGAAGAAAUCAUUGACCAUCAUAAGUAUCAAACUCGAUCAAGAUCAAAACUCGCGCUUUGAAGAAACAAAGAAGCAUCUUUGUAACUUUGCAAGAAGUUUAGGUCUAAAUUUGAAGGUACAAGAGAUGGACAUGGCACAAAUUUUCAAUAAAAUGGUUGGGAGAGAAUUUGUGGCCUUCAAUUGUAUGGUUGGCCUUCCACAUAUGAGAAGCUCAAGAAAUAAAACUCAAGUGAUGAGCUUCCUAAGAAUGGCGAAAAGGGUUUUAGCGAAAAACGAAGGGAUCAUAACCUUUGGAGAUGGAGAAGGAUAUGAAAAUACCAGAAAUUCUUCGGACUUCUCUUCGUUUUUCAACAAGUUUUUAGCGCGCUACAAAGCACUAUACGAGUCAAUGGAAUGGGGAUUUCCUAGUUAUCUUAGUGAGGCAAGGAUAACUAUGGAGACACUUUUUCUUGCACCUUUUGUAUCAUCAAACUCUUGGUUUCAAAAGUGGGAAGAACAAAGAGAAGACAUGGCUUUUGAUAUGAACUUGCAUACCGGGUAUGGGUUAAAAGGCCAAAGAAUGAGUCAAGAAAGCCGAAAUGAGGCUAGGGAACUGGUGAAGGCGGGAGAAACUCCAUAUAAGAUUAGAAUUAAAGGAGAUGAUGAGAAUGAAAUGGUGUUGGAAUGGAGAGGAACUUCAUUAGUAAGGGUUUCUUCUUGGAAGUAA